AUGUCAUCAAGUGAGCAACCGAAAAAGAAAGCAACAUCGGAGCCUUCAAAAAAGAAGAAAAAGCUUUCAAAACUUGACGCAAUUGCGGAGGCAAUUGCCAAGCAAUUCAACAAGGCACAAAAAUCUAAAGCCUCUCAUGAAAAAUGUAUUGCUUCAUUAUUGGAAAUUAUGAACGAUGAUUAUGAAAAGUUUCUUGAGAAAUUCUUUGAACUUGUGCAUCCCGUGCUGAUCGUUUCCAAGAGUGAGAAGUCGGCGGAAAAUAUUAUUCAGUUGAUUGCAAAGUUUUGUGCUGCAGCAAAGUCACAGGAACUGUCGUCUGAGUCGAACGCCGCAGAGCAAGGCUUUGAUUUUACAGUUGAUUUUGUUGAUAAUUUAAUUGUCUAUGCCAACGCUUCAAACAAAACUGUAAGAUAUAGGGUAGCACAAAUAACAAGCCAAAUUAUCGAAAAGAGUCCAAUGUUGGAGGAGAUUGACGAAGAUUUUGUCAAUUCAAUCAAAGAAAAGUUUGUACCAAGGCUAAGAGACAAACUUCCAGCUGUUCGAUUAAUGGCUGUCUCCGUUCUUGCUAAAUUUCAAGACCCUCAUUCCCAAUGUGCAAUAAUGUCAGAAUUUCUUCGCAUGAUGGGCUCAGAUCCAAACAAGGACGUUAGAAAAGAAACAGUGAAGCGAAUCUUUUUGUUAAAACAAACUCUUGGCCCAGUUGUUGAGAAAGUAAAAGACAUAAAGGAGGAAGUGAGAGGUGCAGCAUACGAAAAGAUUUUCUCCACAGUCAAGAUGAGAAACUUUACCAUUCAGCAAAGAGUUAACAUGAUCAAUUAUGGAUUGGAGGAAAGAGACGCCAAUGUAAAAGCGCAAUUUGAGCGCUUGUUCAUUGAAAAAUGGUUCACUGAUUUUAAGUUUGAUAUUUCUAUGCUUCUGACCAAUCUAGACGUUAUAGAAUACGAAACUACUUGUGAAAAGCUCAUUAGAUUAAUUUUGGACAGGUCAGACAAGAUUGAAAUAGUUGGAGAUAAGGUUGAUUUCCAAUCACUGACUCCAGAACUAGCACUAUUUUGGAGAUGCAAAUGUCAAUACCUGGCAUCAAAAAAAAAGGAAAUCGAUGAUUUACUUCCUCCAUCUAUUACUGGUUUUGUACAUUUAGUUAUCGAGUAUCUCAAACAGUAUGAUGAAUUUGUUGUCAGACAGUUACUAAUAAUUUCGAAAUAUCUUGAUUACAGCGAUGAGGUUGGAAGAUCUAAUGUCCAUUCAUUAUUGAGCGAGAUGCUUUCUUCAUUCCACGACCCAGAGGCUCAUGUAAAAGAAAUAAUUGAGUCCUUGAAAUGUAUUCUUCCAAACCCUGAAGAUUUUCAAACAACUAUACUAAACAGAAUAGACGAGCUUCGAAAGGCAGCACUAAGCAUGUCCAAGAACAGAAACAUCCAAGGUGAACACUUUGAAUUGCAGAAAAAAGAGAGAAUACAACAACUGAACCUCACGAAACAAGAAAUUAUUAUCAAAAUACAACAACUGACUGUUGAGAAAACUAAUCUGGCCCAAAAAGAAGAGUAUUUGGCAGCUAAAGAAAAAUUAGAUCAAAUUUACGUGCUUUACAGGCAACUGAAAGAGAUUGAAGCUGAGAUCACCAAAAGAGAUGAAGUGAGACCAGACAUGGAAGAAAUAUGUUUGUGGUUGCGAGCAUUGCAAACUACAUCUGAGUUUAUAAUGCAGGCGUAUUUACCAGUUGAUAUUUCUCAAUUCAUUUAUCUCGUAGAUGACCUUAUUUUGAUUGCCUUAGAUCAUGAUUUUGACAAUCUUAGAUCUCUUGCAAUCAAAACACUCGGCCAGUUUAGUUCUUUAAAUAUUGAUAUUGCGAAGCAGCAUGUUGGAAGACUUGUUACUAUUCUUUCACAAGAGGCAAAUGAUGAUUGUAUCAAUGCAGUUCUUCAAGCGUUAUUCGAUAUAUUCCGUAUUCAUUCUGUACCAACACUUCUGUCACAACAAGAAAGCAAAAAGAUAAUCCUCAAGAUGAAGGAUAAAUGCUCUUCAAGUAGCAGACAAGUUAGAACUACUGGUUGUGAAGGUUUUGCCAGAUUACUCCUGACCAAUACGAUGUACGAACAAGACUCUGCAGAGAUUUUAUCUGAUUUAAUCUUGCUGCUUUUCAACGAAGCCACAGAAAAGGAUCACAGAUUACGCCAAUGCCUUACAAUCUUCUUUCCAGCAUAUGCUUACAAAUCUGCCAAUAAUAUGAAAACAAUGGCUUCUAUAUUUAUCAAUACUUUACGACGUGUUAUUCAUGCAGACAAGAAAUCAACCCUUUCUAAAAUUAACAUACAGAUUUUAAGUCAAUACCUAUUAGACCUCACCAAUCCAGAAAAGUUGUCAGACAAACAGAAAUCAGAAAUCAAAGUUGAUACUCUUUGUUUACAUGAAAAUAUUGGUAUUGCAUUGGCAUACGAAAUACUAUUGAAACCAACUUCAAAGGAAUCUCAAAUUUAUUGCAAAUUAUUUCCGUCACUUUCAAUUUACAAUACUAACAGGUAUCAAAUCAAGAAGCUCAUCGCUCUAUUAGAGAGAGUACGAGAAAAGAUUCCAAACAAAAUUACUCAACGGUCUUUGGACAAGUAUUUGGAAACAGUACAGCAAAAUCUUACCAAGUCAAAAGAAGGAGAAGAACAAGAAGGUGACGACGAGACAACGAACUUGGACCAAAAAAUUGUUGAAGAAAUUGAAUUGGAGGUUAGCCAAAUUGAAAUGGAUCUUGAGGUAUUUAUUGAUGCUCUCGAUGAAAAGCAUAUUGAACAUUCAAGGACUCCUAACGCAGCAAAACGUCAGGAGAGAGCAAAGAAUCCUAAUCAAUCAGAAAUUAGAGUGAAUUUAAUUGAAAUCGGUGAAGAGCGAACAAAAUUAUUCUCAACUCCUACACAAUCCAAAUCUAGUAGAUAUCCCACCCCUCCAACAAUCAAUGAGUCUCCCAUCCAAGGUGCAAAAGCACCUUCUCCAUUCACCCCUCUCACACCUCAAGACGAAGAAGAACUUGAUAUUCGAGCAACUCCUAAUCGCAAAUCCAUAUCCUCUAAGCAAGUGUCAUCAGGAAGGAAAUCCAUCACACAAAAGGACAUGUAUGACAGCGAAGAUACGAUUGAAGAGUUAAGCGAUGGAGAUAGUAUUUUAGAGGAAAAAGAGCCGCAACAGCCAAGGAAGAAGAUUUCGUUUGCAUCUCCCGAAGCAUCAUCUUCGUCCUCAUCAAGACCAUCCAUGAAUCAACCACCAAUUCGAAAAUCCUCAACCAAACAACUUGCUGACGAAAUUUCAAACCUUUUGAACAAUGCACCAAUGAGCUCUGAUGAUGAAGAUUAA